UUCAUUUGAUUUAAGAACAAAUGUUGUUGCUACUGCAUGAGGUUGUUUCUUGUUAAGGCAGUACUGCGGUUUCCCGAUUUUCGGUGUAACUCAGUCAGUCCACCUUAAGCGCUCCGCUCCACCUUAAGCGCUGAACGCAGGCGUAUAGCGAGCUCAGAGCGCAGAAACGGCAAGAAGCGGAGAAAGAGCGGAGCUUCGGGCGGGACCAGGACCGGAGUCCGGAGUAGACCAUGUCGAACUUGCGGUACCGCGACUGGAUCCUGGACACGAUAGACUCGCUGCGCUCGCGGAAAGCGCGCCCGGACCUGGAGCGGAUCUGCCGGAUGGUGCGGCGGCGGCACGGAUCGGACCCCGAGCGCACGCGCGCCGAGCUCGAGCGGCUCAUCCAGGAGCGGGCGGUGCUGAAAGUCAGUUACAAGGGGUCCACCUCCUACCGGAACGCAGCCAGGGUGCAGCGCAAGGGCCGGAGGACUACCGCCGACCAGACCACCGACAGCACGGACAACAACAAGCUCGAGCUGUCUUUGCGCGACCGCGAGCGCAGCAACAGCGGCGGCAGCAGCAGUAGCGGUAGUAACGGUAACGGUGACUCUAGUAGCUGUAACGGCAAUGACGAACAAAGCAGCAACAACAACAACCAGAGCACGAGCGGAAGCACGCACGCGGAGCGAGAGCCGACCAGGAGUUGCGGAAAGUCGUUGUGCAAGAGUUGCACGAGCAUCUGCACCUGCACAAGCACAAGCACGAGCGCCCGCGCUCCAAGUGUCGCACCCGCAACCCCGGACCCCCGGCGCGAGCAAACUUCCUGCAGUGAGAAGCAGCAGCAGCACUGCGUGCUCGUUAAGUCUGAAUGUGGUGGUGGUGUUAAACAUGGUGGAGGUGGUUUCACUGGUACAUGUGAUGGUAGAGAUGGUGCAGAUGCAGGUGCAGAUGUUGGUGCUUGUUCUACUCGUGUCGAUGGUGGUAAACAAGGUGCAGGUAGUUCUAUUAGUAAAAGUGCUGCUGUCAAUGGUGGUGGUAGUCACGCGCCGCUGGGACCUAGGGAGGUCCUGGGCUGCCUGAGCGCGCACGAGCAGCUCGAGACGCUGACGAGGCACCGCGCGCGAGCGCUGGAGAGCAGCACGGGCAGCAGGAACAGCAGCAGGAGGAGGAAGAGGAGGAUGAUGAUGGUGGUGGUGGAGAUGAAGAAGAAGAGCAGGACAACGGAGGCAUCAGCUGCUGCUGCUGCUGCAGCGCGUGCGCUCGGGCAGGCCGGCUCGCGACUGUGUAAGGCGAUGAAGAGGAGGAAGAGGAUGAAGGGUGGAGGAGGUGCGCGGGACGAUCAGAGCAAGGACGAGGAGAAGGAUGACGAGACUAUGGAGACAGAGAGUGAGGAAGAAGAGGAUGCAGAGGAAGAAGUGGAGGAAGAGCAAGAGAAAAUGGAAGGGGACGAUUUGUCUCCAGUUUGCCACCAGACCACCAAAACCGAAGAAGGUUCACCAGGGGUCCCGGGUCUGAACCCUGGUCCACUUUCAUCACUGGAGAAGAAGUCCAGUAAUGUUGACCAAAGAGUGAUGAUGUCAGCGGAAAACCUCCAGCCUCUGUUGUUGGCGGCAUCAUCUUCGUUGUCUUCAUCCCCAUCACCAUCAUCACCGUCAAGACAGGAUGCGGACAGUGAAUGUGGGAGGGUGAACCAGGUGGCAACUGUUGGCACAGGAGAUUUGCAAGAGGAGGAAAGAUCAGCCACACCAAACCAACUACAGUUCAACACACAGACUCUGUCGGUUAUGGUGACAGACAGUGUGAGGAUUCCGUCUUCUAUUCCUAUUAAAACUUAUUCAGGCUGUAAGACAGAGGUGGGCAUGUCUUCAUGCUUGCUCACUCCCUCCGCCUCUCCGGGAGCAGCUGAGGAACGAGGGAUGAACGGAGGAAUGUUUGUGAAGACGGAGUCUUCAGUAGUGAAUCCAGUGGAUUGGACAGUAUCAGAUGUAGCCAAUUAUUUUACAGCUGUGGGAUUUCCAGAGCAGGCUCUCGCUUUCAGAACACAGGAAAUAGAUGGGAAGUCCCUCCUCCUGAUGCAGCGCAACGAUGUGCUGACCGGCCUGUCAAUCAGACUAGGCCCCGCCCUCAAGAUUUACGAGCGCCACGUGAAGGUUUUGCAGAGGACCCAUUUUCAGGACGACGGCGCUUUCUGCUGAAACACACACACAUUGUUUUACACACACACUGUUCUACAAAAACACACAAUUGAACUCAUUCUUACAGUCCUCACACACACACACACACACAGACAGACACACAUGCUGGACAAUGAAACUCACACACACAUUCACACACAUUAUGUCCUCAAUUCUACACAAUUACAUAUAAACACACACACACACUUUAUUACCAUUGUGUGUCCUCCCCCCCUCGUCCCUGUAGGGAUAUAAAAACUGGACGGGUGUAAAUCUCAAUAUUAAAAAAAUGGAACCCAAGUCCAGCUGUACCUGCGUGUGCAGCCGGUUCUGGUCUGAACUGGAUCAGUGGACCACGGAUCUGCGGUACUAUUUAUUUCCUGCUCUGACCUUGUGGAGGUGCGUGAUGUUCAGCAGGGGGCAGCAGACCACCAGUUAAACUCCAGUCUUCCUCCUGUAGCACCAGACCAGCAGCAGAUCUACAGACCCGAGGCCCAGUAAACCCAGUGCCGUUACACUGCGUUCACACAGCAGGUAAAAGUGGCCCAUAUCAGAAUCUGUCUGGUCAUGUGACACAAAGGUGUUAUCUGUGAGGCAGUGUGAAUAGCAGAAAUACACUGAAUCUGAUAUUUUCUAUUCUGAUUUGAGUCACUUUAAUAUGUGGUAUUGAAAUCCCAGUCAUAUGUGACACAAAUGUGUUAUCUGUGUGGCAGUGUGAACAGUAGAAAUACUCUUAAGAUGAAUUAUUCAAAUACCAUUUGGUCUGAAUCUGACAUUCUAAGUCCGAUUUGGGCCAUUUUGGUAUAUGUAGCAGUGUAAAUAAUCAAAACACAUUGAAUAUGACUUUUUGAAAUUAGAUUUGGGCCACUUUCAUGUGUGUGGAAGUGUAAACAGCAAAAACACUCUGAAUCUGAUUUUCCACUUUAAUGUGACACAGAUGUGCAAUAUGUGUGGCAAUGUGAACGGCAAAAAACUGAAUUAGAUUUCCAAUUUCAAUUUGGGUCUUUUUCAUAUUUGUGGCAGUGUGAACAGCAAAAACACAAUGAAUCAGAUUUUUAGUUCAGAUUUGGGCUGUUUUGGUACGGUAGGAGUGUGAACAACCAAAACUCAUUAAAUAAACCUUUUUUAAA